CCAAUCCAUUUGCGUUGUAUUGAGAUUUGAAGAAGAAAAGAAAACGAAAAGAGAGAUUUCGAGAAAAGAUGGGAUCUGAAGAGAAAUUAGAGGUGGAGAAGAGAUUGCAAGAUCUGCAGAAAAUGCUGGGAAAGAAGAACAUGUUCGAAGAAUCCGUCUCUUCAAUCCGAGCUCUUCUCCUCGAACACUACCCUUCUUCCUCUCCUUCUCUUCGCAAAUCGAUAUAUUCCGUGGUUUGUCGAGUCGCAACUGUUUUACAGACAAGAUAUACUGCACCUGGCUUUUGGUUGGCGGGUUUACGGCUCUUUGAAGAAGCAGAAUGCUUGGUUACUGAACCUUCAGAGAAGGCACAUUUGAAAACAUGCAUUGCUAGAGCUCGUGAGCAUUUGCAUGAGGAGGAGAAUAAGCCCGAGGUUCCUCAGAAUAAUAUGCGUGCAGGUUCAAGAUUUCUUUUUGAAGGGCAUCUGACAGUGGGGCCCGAGCCCCCACCACCUGCAUGGCUUGUGGCACAGAAUUUUCUAACAACUUUUGCUGCUACACAAGAGAGGGACAUUGCCUCUGAGUCUUCACAAGAUCAGGGGGAGAAUAGUAGCACAUCUGAGAGCACUAGAGGGAUCCAUGCACUAGAAGAGUUGAUGAAUACCAUGCAAGAGAUCAAUGGAUUACAGGAUAUUGAGAGUGUGAUUGAAGCUUCAUUGCAGGAAAUAGGAGCCGGACCACAGAGACCACCCCCAGCCUCCAAAGAAGUGGUCGCAAAGCUUCCAGUCAUCACCGUUACGGAUGAAAUCUUGGAGAGGCUGGGAAUUGAGACUCAGUGUGCUGUGUGCAGGGAGAACUUGGUUAUCAAUGAUAAGAUGCAGGAGCUGCCUUGCAAGCAUCUAUUUCACCCUGACUGCCUCAAGCCAUGGCUGGAUGAGCACAACUCAUGCCCAAUCUGCAGGCAUGAGCUGCAGACGGACGAUCAUGCAUAUGAGAGCUGGAAAGAGCGGGAGAAGGAGGCAGAAGAAGAAAGGAAGGGCGCUGCGAAUGCUGUCCGUGGUGGAGAAUACAUGUAUGUUUAAAAACAUCAUUUGUUAUUGGCAAUGAUGUUCAUGUUGAUGGCUAUGAAUAUUUGUUAAGAAACACUAGUUUAAUGGGUCCUGAUGCGUUUGAUGCUUCACUAGUGUGGGCCCAUGGUUUAUCUGAAUCUCCCUGCUGUGGAUGAGGACUGACCUAAAUAUCAAACAGGAAGAUCCUAAUCCUUGAAUCACUAGCUUGCAAAUAGAUGGUUGAGAAUGGGCCAUAAUGGGUUUGGAAAGAAAGCAGGCCUGAUGAAUAAAAUCACAAUUGUUCCCUUCGGAUUCA